AUGGAGUCGGGACAGACUGGCGAGGAGAAGGAGCCGGGAAUCACAGAGCUGGACGGCGAGACCAGUAGCGUGAGGUCGGUGGUCGUCGAGGAGGAGGAGGCAGCCUCGUCGCGCAUCCGCAUGCCAGACAAGCAUGUCGUGCUCGAGAAGAUGGCGCUCUAUCAGACGCAGGCGUACCUCUACCUCAUCGCAAGCGACAAGGACGAGCAACGUUUCCGGAUCCUCAAGAUCGACCGCGAGUUCUUCAAGAAGGCUGCGGCGCGACGUGCGGCGGGACAAGCAGUCGACGACAGCGAGAUGGACCUCGACAUCCAGGAAGACGGCAUCGUCUACUCGUUUGCCGAGAAGGAAGACCUGCUCGACACGCUCAAGGCGUGGCCGAGCAACAACUUCAAGGAUCUGAAGCAGCCGUGCUUCGGCAUCGCAGGCUUCGUCCGCUUCUCGUGCACGAUCUGGAUGGUCGUCAUCACGGCCCGUAGCAAGGUCGGCCUCCUCGGCGGUCACUUCGUCUUUCACAGCGAGGGGACCGAGCUAGUCGAGAUCUGCCGGGACAAGGAGGCUGCCGCAGCGAGCAUCGCCGAGGACCAGCGGCACAAGAACGCGUUCACCAGCGUCUACUUGAGUCGCAACUUCUAUUUCAGUCACACCUACGACAUCUCCAACACCUUGCAGAACAACCUCCUCCGCGGCUCGUCGACCCUUCCUCGUCGUGACAAGUGGGUCUGGAAUUGGCACCUCCUCCGACCGCUGCGCAACUCUCUUCCAGCCGACAGCCCUUGGAUCGUCCCGCUCAUCCAUGGCUACUACACCCAAGCCAAGCUCACGGUCUUUCACCGGCAAGUCUACAUCAUCCUCAUCGCGCGAAGGUCUCGGCACUUCGCCGGCGCUCGCUUCCUGCGGCGAGGCGUCAACUCGGACGGCUUCGUCGCGAAUGAGGUUGAGACCGAGCAGAUUGUCUGCGAACCGCUCACAACCCCCUUCUACUCGGCCGCACCCUUUUCUCACGACCACCCGAACCUCGCGCCGUCCCUCCCUCUCCCUCCGCAUUUUCCGACGACGCACCAAUCCCGCCGCCUUUCUCCACGGUACACCUCGCACGUCCAGAUCCGUGGCAGCAUCCCGCUGUACUGGACGCAGGACGCUACGAAGGCGAUCAAACCGCCUAUCGAGCUUGCGCUGCGAGAUCCGUUCUAUACGGCUGCGGCGAAACACUUUGAUGGCUUGUUUGAGCUGUAUGGCGGGUUCUGCAUGGCGCUCAAUCUGAUCAAGCAACACGACGACCGCGAAUCGCUGCUCGUGCCAGAGUUCCGGAGCUGCAUCGACUACCUCAACCAAUUCCUCCCCGACGAGCACAGGAUCGAUUACACGGCUUUCGACAUGUCCGCGGCUAAAGCGGCGGCUUCGGCUGCGGCGGGACCUGGUGAGAGCGAGAGCGACGCACCGAGGAAGAGUGUCACGGACUACAUCGAAGACUUCGCCGAGACUUCGCUCGAAAAGACGGGCUUCUUCCACUCCGGCGAAGGCGGCGGACGGGUGACGCCGAUCGUGCAGCACGGCGUCGUUCGGACUAACUGCAUCGACUGCCUCGACCGCACGAACGCCGCGCAGACCAUCAUCGGCAAAACCGUCCUCGGCCACCAGCUUCACGCGCUCGGCAUCAUCGGGACGCCCUGUCUCCCCGCCCACUCGGACGCAAUCCGGCAACUCGAAGCGAUGUACCUCGAGCACGGCGAUACGAUCGCGGUGCAGUACGGCGGGAGCAAUACCGUCAACACGAUCGACUCGUUCCGUCCUUCUGAGCUGGCUUGGCCGGCUUGGAGCGGGGGAUACUCGAGGGACAAGGUUGAGAACAUGAAGCGCUACUAUGCCAACUCGUUCGGCGACUACGACAAGCAGGCCGCCAUCGAUCUCUUCCUCGGCAUCAAGCCUCCUCUUGCUCCUCCAGCGAUGUGGGAGUACAUCCCCCCUCCCCCUCGCCCCUCUUACCGCGACUGGUACAGCCCGUCUCACCUGUCCAACCCGCACGCCUCGCCCACGGACAUCGCAGCCGGUUUGCAAGCUACAAUCGACGAGGAAGAUGCGCAGGACCCGCUCGACCUGUGGCGACGGUUCUAUCGCGGCGUGCACUUCGAGUCCCUCGCGCCGCAGUUUGCGUUCAAGAUGAUCAGCACGCUCAAAGGUCCCGUCAUGAUUCGCCAAGACGAUAUCACGGUCCAGGCGAGCCCGCUCGUUCCGAAGAUGCCGCGCACCUACUCGCGACGACCGACGACGACGAGUCUGCGCGGGCUGCUCGGCUCAGGCGUCAAGUCUCGUCGGCACAUGCGGAACGAGUCGUCGGCUCCCGAAGCCGCACAGUCCGCCGGCGAUGGCGACUCGGCCUCGGUCAGCCAGAAGUCGACGCAGACGACGACUCUGCCCACCGCGCCAUUCGCCGCCUCGACAGGCCAGCUCGCCGCCGCGCUGCUCAAGCCCGUCACCCGGCCGGACGAAGCGAAAGAAUACGACGCCUGGCUGUCGCAGUUCCGCCACCUCUCGCUCGCCGCGCAGGACCACCUGAGCGAGAAGGACCGGACGAUGUACGAGGCGCACGUCGGUGCGGUCGCAGGACGACGCGGGACGGGCGGAGGGGUCGUCGGCAGGCCUCACGACGUGAGCGAGAAGGACAGGGCGAUCUUUGCUGCUUUCGCGGCUUCUGGCCAGGCUCGAGGAGCGUCUGCGCUUGUCUCGGCGGAAGGUUAG